GCGUAGCGGUAGUCAUCAUGGCCGACUUUGAGUCACCGAUGUCGGUAGGGGGCAGCGAUGUCGACGGUGACUGGCCGGGGCGAUGGAAUCACGUAAGCAAGCUUCUGGAGAGAACAGGACCGCUAGCGCACCCGGACUUUGUCCCGGGAGAAGAGAUAUUUAACUUCAUGCGUAAAGAUUGCAGGUUGCUUGUCAUUGGAGCCGGAGGUCUGGGAUGUGAACUUCUCAAAGACUUGGCACUCAUGGGUUUCCACAACAUAGAUGUUAUAGACAUGGACACGAUCGAUCUCUCCAACCUCAACCGGCAGUUCCUCUUCCGCACUCAGGACAUUGGCAAGUCGAAGGCACACGUCGCCGCUGCGUUCGUGCGGCGGCGCGUGCCGGGGUGCCGCAUAGAGCCUCACUGCUGCCGAAUACAGGAUUUCGACGAGGAAUUCUACCGGGAGUUCCACGUCGUUAUUUCGGGUCUGGAUUCGGUGAUCGCCCGCCGAUGGAUCAACGGCAUGCUGCUGAGUUUGCUGGCUUACGACACGGACGGAAACGUCGAUGAGUCGACGAUCAUCCCGCUGGUAGAUGGCGGCACUGAGGGGUUCAAGGGCAGUGCGAGGGUCGUGCUCCCCGGCCUGACGGCGUGCAUAGAAUGCACCGUGGACCUCUAUCCCCCACAGGUGAACUUUCCGAUGUGUACGAUCGCUCACACGCCACGCCUCCCCGAGCAUUGCAUCGAGUACGCGCGAAUCCUGCUGUGGCCCAAGGAGCAGCCGUUCGGAGAUGGCGUCGAGAUCGACGACGACGACCCGGAGCACGUUCGCUGGGUGUUCCGGCAGGCGGUGGAGCGCGCGGACCAUUACGGGAUCAUGGGAGUGACGUACCGGCUCACACAGGGCGUCGUUAAACACAUCAUCCCGGCCGUCGCGACGACGAACGCGGUCAUAGCCGCAGCGUGCGUCACCGAGACCUUCAAGCUUGCCAGCAGGUAG